CUGUUUUACUGUAUGGGCUGGGAAAACAAAUACUAACACCUUUUUUUUGCAGCUCCAUUGUGGACUGAAUACAUAAACAGGCUUUCAUUAAGUCACCAGGAUACAAAAUGAGCAAACCAAUGUCUGCGCAACGCAUAUCCAAAAUGGACGAGGCAAAGAAUGUGAAGGAUGAGAAUAAGCUGUACUUGCACGAGGGGAUCCUCUACUCUACAAUCAUGAGUCCCUCAGAAAAUCUUAAAGGCCUGAAGGAGCUGGAGGGCAGACCCAAUGACAUUUUACUGGUGGCCUACCCAAAAUGUGGGUUCAACUGGAUGGUUGCUGUGCUACGCAAAAUCAUGGCUGCAGCCUCUGGGCAACAAGAACUGUCUCAAAUACCUCCACUGAUGGAGUUUCUCUCUCCGGACAUGCAGAAGGUGGUGGGAGAAAUGCCCUCUCCGCGGUUACUGGGCACACAUUUGCACCCUGAUAACAUCCCUGGCACUUUUAUUGCGAAGAAAACAAAGAUGCUGGUUGUGUUCCGAAACCCAAAAGAUACAGUCGUAUCAUACUACCACUUCAUGAACACAAACCCUGUUUUGCCUAAUGCCAAAUCCUGGGAUUCAUUUUUCACAGACUUCAUGGAGGGUGAAGUGGCUUGGGGCUCUUACUUCAACCAUGCCCUCGCCUGGGAGAAACUAAUGGACAAUCCUAACAUAUUGAUGGUCACUUAUGAGCAAAUGAAGGAGAAUCUAGGUCAGGGGGUGCAGCAGAUAUCCAAGUUCUUUGAUUUCCCAUUGACUGAAGAGCAAGUCCAGACAAUUGCAAGGCAGAGCACCUUCAAUGCUAUGAAGGAAAGUUCCAAGAACACCCAUGGAAAACAUGGCAAUGUGUUUUUCCGAAAAGAUAAAGGGGCCGUCUAUAGGUUUAUACACCCGUCAGUUUCCAAUUCACCAUCGUCAAGACAGACUCUAUUGCCCGCAGGAUAUCCCACACAAACUCCGUCAAGGCUCCGUGAAGUUGGAGAUUGGAAGAACCAUCUAAGUGAAGCCCAAAGUAAACAGAUGGACGAGAAGUUUGAGAAGCACCUGGCUCACACUAAACUGGGGGCUAAGUUAAAAUAUGAUAUUUACUGCAAGUAGGGAGUUGAAAUUUCCAGAUCCAAUGCAGAAUGAGCAUAUUCAGAAAAUUGAAAUAGAAAAAUGUUGCUCAUGUCUACAGUAAGCCUAAACCUUCUGUAAGAAUACUUAAAGAUACAUUUAUAACGCAGAUAACUAGAGAUCAAUGCAACUAGUUGUUUUUCAGUUCAGCAUCUGUUUAGAAUCUGUGUAGGGGUUCCAGUUUGGACUCAUAGCUACACGUGGCAAGUUCUCAUUGGUCCAAACUAUCUACACAUUAAAGCCUGAAACGGGAUCCUUUGUAUUCGGCCAAUUUUACUGCAACAAAUUCUAAUUGGUUAUUAACCACAGGCUAGGUUUUGAUAUAAACUACAUCCUGUUUCUUUGUUCAAUGAAGAAACAACAAGAACAGGGAAGAAUGAACAUCAACCAUCCACUUUCCAGCAUAACAACUAUGAUUUGUUAUUUUUGAAUUAAUGUAUUUUUCUCCCCCUUAUUUGUUUUGAGGUCUGUGUUGUCGAAAAAUAACAUAAACAGAAUAACCAACCAAAUUU